UACGCGCCCGCGCGCAAGUAAGAUAAAAAUAGACUACUACUAGCCAGACUUUUCGUCCUUCUUUAUUCUUACGCGUAAUAGUUUACAAGAGUAAUAGUUACGAGGGAAGCAGCAAGUAGCCAGGAAUGAGUCAAAGGUAGACUGCCAAAAGUAACGGUCAUUUUCCUUCGACUUCUCACACACGAGGUGAUCGAGGUUUAGAAGAUAAAUUAAGAUAGAAGAAAAUUAAGAUGGCGGACGCUAAUAAUAAACCACCAACAGAAUUGGACACUUUCCUACCUCAAGAUGAAACUAAUACAAUUAAAGAUGGUGUUCUACCAGCCAAAUAUAAAGUACAAGUCGCACCAAAAGAUGUUGAAGAAGGAAAACCUUUCAAUCCUUUCACCGAACGCAAAGUUGACAAUCCUACAACGGAUUGCGAUACAUUGACGCAUUUAUUGAAAGCUUCUCUUGGGACAGGUAUAUUGGCUAUGCCUGUCGCUUUCAAAAAUGCUGGUCUUCUUGUUGGAAUAAUUGCAACAAUAUUUGUUGCCUUUAUAUGUACGCAUUGUGCAUACAUUUUAGUCAAAUGUGCACACGUUCUUUAUCAUAAAACGCGAAGAACUGAAAUGGACUUUGCUGAUGUAGCAGAAAUAGCGUUUUCUAUGGGACCACGAUGGGCAACAAAACUUGCCAAACCAUCUAGAUAUAUCAUACAAAUUAGUUUAUUCACAACAUAUUUUGGCACCUGCAGUGUGUAUGCAGUUAUCGUUGCUGCUAAUUUUGAAAAAGUAAUUAAACAUUAUAACGAAAGUCUAUCGGAGGACACUAUUAUACGUGAAAUUACAGCUUGCCUGUUAAUUCCUCUGAUACUACUCAGUUGGGUACCUAAUUUAAAAUAUCUUGCGCCAGUUUCUAUGGUAGCUAAUAUAUUUAUGGGUACUGGCUUGGGAAUAACAUUUUAUUAUUUAGUUUGGGAUCUUCCACCGAUUAAUAGUGUACCACUGGCAGCACCUAUUCAAUAUUUCCCUCACUUUUUUAGCAUUACGGUUUUUGCUAUGGAAGCUAUUGGUGUCAUCAUGCCAUUGGAAAAUAAUAUGAAAACACCGCAGCAUAUUAUAGGAAUUUGUGGUGUUCUCAAUAAAGGAAUGUCUGGAGUAACUCUUAUAUAUAUUCUCCUUGGAUUUUUAGGUUAUAUUAAAUAUCAAGAUUCAACGUUAGAUAGUAUUACUUUGAAUUUACCCACCAAAGAAAUUCCGGCUCAAGUUGUGCAAAUUUUAAUUGGCUUAGCAGUUUAUUGUACGUUUGGAUUACAAUUUUAUGUAUGCUUAGAUAUUGCAUGGACUGGAAUUAAAGAUCAUUUUCAAAAGAAACCACUUUUAGCGAAUUAUGUUUUAAGAACAACUAUGGUUACUGGAGCAGUAUUACUUGCAGUAGCUGUGCCAAAUAUUGGACCUUUCAUUAGUUUAAUCGGGGCAUUUUGUUUUUCCAUAUUGGGACUUUUUAUGCCUGCACUUAUUGAAAUCGUUACAUAUUGGGAUACUGGUUUUGGACCAGCUAAUUGGGUAGCAGUGAAAAAUAUUAUUAUAUGCGUAAUUAGCAUAAUAGCGUUAGUAUUUGGAUCGCGUAGUGCUAUAAUAAAAAUUGUAUAUCCAGAUAGUUGAUUAAAUAUAGAAAUCAUUGAUAACA